AUGGGCAUCUCCGACCGGCGCCCGCUUCCCGGAACUCCCACGACAGCGCUCAUCUCCAAAACAGCGAACAACAGGCUCGGCGCCGUCUUCUCCGCACUGCACUCUUUCUGGGUCGCACGGCACGCGGCGGUCACUGCGGGUGCAGGCGGCGGCGAUCAGGCUGCUGCCAACCUGAACCUCCGGCGCGACGCGUACAGCGUCGUCAUGUUCGACCACGAGGUCACGACCGCGCUCGCCAACGACUUCGAAAGCACGCCCGAGGAGCUGCUGAACGCCGUGCUCGCGUACAAAGAUAGGGGCGGGACCAAUUUCACCGGCGCGAUGAAGCGAGGGCAGGCGGUCAUGGAGGCGCACUGGAGCACCGAGCGAACACCGGUUAUCGUCUUCCUGUCUGACGGGGAGUGCAGCAUCGCGGACACGGUCACACAGGACGCGUGCCGGGCCGCUAUCAAACUUGGGAAACCCGUGUCUCUACAGACCGUGUCUUUCGGGCGAGAUACCUCCUCGAGCUCCUUACGAAGGAUGGCCGAGAUUGCCGCCGACGCUCAGGCCAGCGCGCCGCGCGAUCUUCUAGUGCCGGCUGGAGCCUCGGUCAAGUCCGCAUUUUCGCAAGCACUGGAUUCCGUCCAACUAGCGGAGACAUUCCUAGGCAUCGCCGAGUCGCUGAGAAAGCAGAGGGGAUCCCUGAUCAACUAA